GGGGGUGGUAAUAAAACUAGGAGAGCCGGUACGGACAAAGAAGGGAAAAGAAGACUGUCGUUUUGAUCUCCUCCAUAAAUUUGUUUUUAAAAUAAUAAGAAUAACUCCUCAACUUUGUGUGAAUGGACUUGAAGGAGGUGACUGGACCCGGCUGAUCCUGGAAGGUUUUUUUUUGGAUGAGUUGUUAAAUGGUGUGGCGUUUGUUUUUAUUUUCGAAUUAUAAAUAUGUUUUUACGCCAGAAAAUCACCUUUGGCUGAAUUUCCCCUCGGAUCAAAAGAAACUGAGCAGGUGCGGACAAGGCGGACGACUCCUGAUUUGGAUUAUGAAUCACGUUGACCCAUGAAGGAUUAGCUGGGUGCAGUUUGAGACUCCUUCCUCCUUUCCAAGCUUGUUGUCCUCUGCCAAGAGGGAUCAGCAGCUUUGUUGUUGGGUAAGGGGGACAAAUGGCCAAGUGGUUUAAGGAUUACUUGAGCUUUGGGAGCAGGAGGUCUCCCCCGCAGCCCCCCAAACCAGAUUACACCGAAAGCGAGAUAUUGAAAGCCUACCGAGCUCAGAAGAGCUUGGAUUUUGAGGAUCCCUACGAAGAUGGCAACAACGGGAAACCUGAUCUGGAUCCGGAAGGGUCCCCAAACAAGGGGGUUGCUGCUGCUGCUGCUGCAGGAAUCGGUUUGGAAGGGAAGUACGGCUCUCCCAAGCACAGGCUUAUCAAAGUGGAAGCUUCUGACCUGAACAGGAGUAAAGCCCUCUUGACUGCUGAGGAAGGGACGGCCCAGCCAGAUCAGGCCCCUGGAGAGAGUGAAUACUCGGAUCCCUUCGACGCCCACCGGGAGCCCAAAGAAGAGGAGGAGGAGGAGGCCGAGUCUGAGAACAACGGCUACAUGGAACCUUACGAUGCUCAGAAGGUGGUUGUUGAUUUCCAGCGGAAAAGCGACCGGGAUGAGCAACGGGUGAAGAAAUCCCGGAUCGGGCUGCAGCUGUACGACACCCCCUAUGAGGAGAAGGAGCCAGAGGCUGAUCCGGAGGGCAGGCCCACCAGCAAGCCCCGAGAGAGCCGGCUGCCCCAGGACGACGAGAGGCCGGCCGAUGAAUAUGACCAGCCAUGGGAGUGGAAGAAGAACCAUAUCUCUCGGGCCUUCGCAGUGCAGUUUGAGACCCCAGAUUGGGAGUGGACGUCCCUCGCCGCUGCCUCUUCCACGCACAAAGAACAUUGGCGCCCGCACCUGACGGGGAGCUCCAAGUUUGUCCGGUCACAGAGCCCUGAACACAGCCUUCCUGCUGCGGAGCGCAUUGACCCCUCGCUGCCCUUGGAAGACCAGGCGUGGUUUCACGGCACAAUCAGCCGAGCCGACGCGGAAUCCCUCCUGACCCUUUGCAAGGAAGGAAGCUACUUAGUUCGGAACAGCGAGACCAGCCGCAACGACUACUCUCUCUCCCUCAGGAGCAGCCAAGGCUUCAUGCACAUGAAAUUCACCCGGACGAAGGAGAACAAGUAUGUCUUGGGCCAAAACAGCGCCCUGUUCGAUAGCGUCCCCGAAGUCAUCCAUUUCUACACGGCUCAAGAGCUGCCUGUCAAAGGUGCUGAGCACCUCUCCUUGCUGUAUCCCGUCGCUGUUCAGACUCUGUGAAAAGGACUCUGGCCACUGGCUGCUGUGGGAGCAAAGGGGCUGCUGUUUUAUUCUUUAUUUUUUCAUUUGAUCCAAAGAGACUUGGCACGUUGAAUGUCUGGAGUGCAGAACAUCGGGAGGAGAGGCACCCACUACGUGUCCUCCUGCUCCUAAGUAAGAACAAUGGGCAGUUGGCCACCCCAACCCGCGGCCACCAUCGUUCCACAACCGCGACAUCUCCAGCAGUGGGGAAGGGUAUCCUGCGGUGACCUGCCCUUCCCCACACUUGCUGGGCACCCUGACACGUCUGGCCUUGCAUUUGCUGGGUUCUGAGCCAUCGCCAGGAGGCCCCGUUUUGAGGCUUCCCCCGGAGCCUGCUCUCCAUUUUCUUUCUCAUUUCAGAUUCCAGCAAACUCCACCCUGCUGGUCCUGCCUUCAUGGGGGGGGGGAGAAUGAGCCUUCUGAGAUCUCAGAAUGUAUCUUGCUUUCCAGAGGCUCCCCACUAUAGAAUCACACAAUCACACAAUUGUAGAGUUGGACCCCUGCAACACAGGAAUCACAGCUCAUGUUUUUGCUGAAUUACUCAAAGCAGCCAGAAUUUUGAGGGGGGGGAGCGUUCCUGCACCCAGGGCUUGUUAUUUGCCUCCACCUGGCAGCAGGCUCAGACUCCUGCAAUAUUUCUAAUUUGUACAAUUGUCCCACCCCAAAAAAACAAUGCCCUCUUAUCCUGUAACGUUUAGUAUGGCAAAUUGUUGUUGUCCAUCACAUGGAUUGAUUGAUUGAUUUGGGAAGGACGUCAGAGGGCCAUCUCAUCUAGCCCCCAGCAAUUUGGGACAUUGGUUGCUGCAGCAACCCUGGCAGGUAGGCCUCUGCUUAAAAACCUUUUUGAGAAGGAGCAUCUUUCUUGUCCUGAAGGCCUGUUGGUUCAGGAGCUCCGUCCAGGACCAGAGCUGUUCCACCCUCUCUCUGCAACAAGCUCUUGCAGAAAAAGCAAAACACAGAGACUCGGGGCACCUUAGGCGGCUAACAAAUUUAUCAUGGCACAAAGCUUUCUCUUUGUCAGACGCAUUAAGGGGAAUCUUACUUGGCAGGCAGAUAAAGGCAGAAAUUCAAUCCAAUUCAAUAUAAGUUUAUUGUUCUUGCCAAAGGCCAUGACAAACCCACAGCAAGAGUACCAAUAAAAGAAUACAGAUCAUGUAUAAGCCAGCAUCCGUAAUUUAAGAGAGAGGUUACCAGAGACACCAACAAAGUCAAAUCCAGCUUGUGUUCAAAUUAAACCUCUGAAUCACCAUAAUUUAUAGCAAUUAUAUCUCUUUUUCCUGCCCCCCCCCCGGCAGCCUGCACAUAGAGGGGCGCUCUCUGUGUUAUGAAGCUAGUAAAAAGGUAAAGGGACCCCUCACCAUUAGGUCCAGUUGUGACCGACUCUGGGGUUGCACGCUCCUCUCGCGUUAUUGGCCGAGGGAGCCGGCGUACAGCUUCCGGGUCAUGUGGCCAGCAUGACAACGCCGCUUCUGGCGAACCAGAGCAGCACACAGAAACGGCGUUUACCUUCCCACCGGAGCGGUACCUAUUUAUCUACUUGCACUUUGAUGUGCUUUCAAACUGCUAGGUUGGCAGGAGCUGGGACCGAGCAACGGGAGCUCACCCCGUCACAGGGAUUCGAACUGUCGACCUUCUGAUCGGCAAGCCCUAGGCUCAGUGGUUUAACCCACAGCGCCAGUAUUGUCUAGCAUUGUCACUCAAAAGAAACCAGACCAUUUCUGCCUGGGUGCGUCUGCUUGCUUUUGUGAAGAAAGGUUUCGGAAAGCAAUCUCUUGGGUCUCUAUAUAAGGGGCAGGCUAGCAGAUGGGGAGUGAUGCCUUCUACCCGAGGCUGACCCCAAAUCCAGGGUCUGUCUGCAUAUGGGACCUGUUGUAGCAGCCAUCCAAGACUGCAAUGCUCAUCAUUUGGCAACGCAGCUCAGUAACGGCAUUUCUCAAGGAAGUUGGCAAAGGAAGCUCUAAAAUGCUCUAUUCUCAAGGGUGUGUGUGUGUGUUGUGUUUCUAAUUCCUUGUGAGUUGGCCAAGGAAACACUCCCAAGAAACAGUCACCAAUAGCACAGGUAGUGUGGCAUUGGUAAGCCAAUGGACACCAUUUGCUAAUUAACACAAAAUGCUAAUCAACAUUGUUUUUAUUUAACUCAGAGUGAUGGCAUGCCAUAUGGUUCCUUUGAUGUUCCUUUGUUCUCUAUCAUGGGCAAGCUUAAGGGCAGUUUCUGCUUGAUGGAUAUUGCCAGUUCUUUUUGCUGGCGGCAUGUGCUGGCAAUACCCCCUUUCCCCCUAGAAUCAAAGCACUGGUUGUUGCCAUUCCUGCUGCCAGACCAGGGGCCAUUUGCUCUUUUGCAUCGAGACUGACCCGUCUUGCCCAUGUAGAAGGCAGAAGGGCAUCUGACAAAGUGGGCUUGACUCCUUCUUCUUCUUUGGCGAUCCCUCGUAGCCGAGUAAGAUUGUCCUCCAUAAACACAGAUUUUAACAAUGGGUCCGUAAGUGACUGUGGAGGCCAAUUCUGGAUCCACACGUCCUUCCACAGUGGGGACAUUGGUUUCCGGGCGGGAGUUGAUCACGGUGUGGAUUUGCCAAGCGUGCCUUCCUCUUAGCACGUUUCUCCCUUGCAUCCUAAGAUCGAGUUUCUUCCAAGCCCAUGACACCUUUGGUGAAGGCUGUUCUCCAACUGGAGCGCUCGCAGGCCAGUGUUUCCCAGUUGCCGGUGUUUAUACUACAUUUUUUAAAGAUUUGCCUUGAGACAGUCUUUAAACCUCUUUUGUUGACCACCAGCAUUACGCUUUCCAUUUUUAACGAAAGCUUGUGCCAUAAUGCAUUUGUUAGCUGUUCUGGUGCCACAAGACUCUUUGAUUGCUUUUUGCUUCAAGUAGAGUAAGAUGGUGAUUGGAUUGCCUCGUAAUUGUUGCUACUCCAGCCUUAAUGGAGCAGGAAAGAGAAGGAAGCUUUCAAUGCAAUGAAGGUAGGGUUGCCAGACUCAAUAGAGGACAGGACU